UAAACCAAUCAGCUUGUACUUAGGAGUCUGAGUCAUUUUAGACCAGUGAUAACGAUGUCGGAUAAAGGUUAUUGGUCAGUGUGGCUUUCGCAUUGCAUAGCAGACUAGCACGGAAAGUAUUUACGUAUUUGCAAGUAUACGCUCAGGCAGAUAUUCACGUGGAAUAUGGGUGGGAGAUCAGGCAAGUUCGUGGUACCUCAUACAGCAGAGAAGACCGAAGACAGUCUUCGUAAACCUGAUGCUGUUGAGCAAGUUAAAGCGUUGGAUAGCGAGCAGUCAGUUCAACACACAGAUGAUGUUAAGCUCGAAAAUGGUCACAAAGAGAGGUGUUCUCCGGAAGAAGAAAACCAUGAACAGGCAAACGGUGAUGUGACGAAGUCAGACGUCCCACAGAAUGAAGAUGCAAAACGGACCAAGAAAGGAAACCCGAUAUCACGAAUUUUACGACGUAUAUCCAGAAAAGGCUCUAAUCUUAAAAAACACUCUGUCGACAACACUUGUGAAAAACCCGAGGAUACUAAUAAUGACGAAAAACAAGAAGUUACCACAACUGAAGCACAAUCUCCUGAGUGCACAGCAAAUAGUAAUGUGGAUCCCACUUCAGAUAGUCCUGUCCUACUAGUUGCAGACAACCUAGUUCAAGAUGUUAUCAUUUCUGCCACUCAAACUCGUUUGGAAGAAAUGCAAGUCUGUGAAGUGAGACCGUAUGAAGAAAAUUAUAGUCACACUGAGACAAAAAAUAAUACUCAAGAAUCACUCUCCGAGGUAGAAAUUUCACAUGUCAGUUCUUGUGUCAAUGAAUCUUAUGUAAAUGGUGAACCUGUAAAUGAAAGUAUAGACAAAUCUGAAGAUGUUCUGGUAAAUGGUGUUCAUGCACAUGAAGAAGUGAGUGGUGUGGAUUGCAACAAUGCCAAUGGAUAUGUUGAUGAUAACGUAAUCCAGUCUAAGCUAGCAAAUCUGGAACUGAUUAACGGACAUUCUGAAGUUAAUGGAUUUCAUUAUGAAACAAAAAACUCAGUGAUGGUAUCUAAUGAUUACUAAGAGCAUGACAAUGUUUACAUCUAUUUUGUUAAGCAACUUUACAGUUCAUCUUACAAGUCAAAUAUUUUUCACCCCUCUGUAAUAAAAUUGAUUGUCUUUUUCUUUUGGAUAUUGUCUUACUAAUUGUUUUCUACAUGCAUCCGGACGUUCCGGUCAUAUCACAUAAUAAUACUAGUGGUAUUCAUCAACAAAGCGAUCAAUGUAUGCUACAUACACACGUUUAGUACAAACAAUUGUAUUCAGUUAAUUUCUUUCUUUACUGAACUGUUACUAAAAUUCUGUUCAAAUAUCUUACCUUUUAUCCUCACUAUAUCUGUAAAUCUGUAUCCAGGAUUAAAACAAUGGUUUCAAAUGAAUGCUUACAUUUCAUAAUUGUUAAUAUCGACGAGUUUCCUACUUGGUUUUACUUUACAUAACUCUUCUCCAAAUUUGCUUUUGACUGCUUUUAGAGACCUCUUGUAUUUGGAUAUGACUUUAUUUUUUGGCUUUUCAAAAAUCAUGUUUUAAUAAUACGAUCUGGUCAAAUAUAUAAUCAUAAAGUUUUCAUCGACAAUCUUAUGUCCAACUUUCUUUUAGGAAAUCAUUGCCCUAUUUCAUUCAAAAUAAUGUCACAUUGAUUUAACCAUUAUUAUUGAUUUUAAAUGUACGAAAUAUUUUAAAA